UUUAUUUCACUCUUUCCUCUCGACUGGACCGUCACUUCAGUAGUCUCUCCCUCUGGAGUAGUGUCCUUCCCACUUCCCCUCACUCACCGGAGAGAAACCAUCCACGGCGGAGAUAACGCCGGAGAGACCAAUAAUGGAACUAUCUUCGUCAUCGGCGAUCGCACAACAAACAUGGGAGUUAGAGAACAACAUAAUCCCCAUGGAAACUCCCGCCGCCGACGAUUCAAUCUUUCACUACGACGAAGCGGGACAGAGCGAGUUUCAACGCGAUAAGCCAUGGGCGAACGACCCUCACUACUUCAAGCGCGUCAAGAUCUCCGCACUCGCGCUACUCAAGAUGGUUGUUCACGCGCGCUCCGGUGGAACCAUCGAGGUCAUGGGUCUCAUGCAAGGUAAAACUGAUGCUGAUUCGAUUAUCGUUAUGGAUGCUUUCGCGUUGCCGGUUGAAGGGACUGAAACUCGUGUCAAUGCUCAAGCUGAUGCUUAUGAAUACAUGGUUGAUUAUUCUCAGACCAAUAAACAGGCUGGCAGGUUGGAGAAUGUUGUGGGGUGGUAUCAUUCUCAUCCUGGCUAUGGUUGUUGGCUUUCUGGGAUUGAUGUUUCGACGCAGAUGUUGAAUCAGCAAUUUCAGGAGCCGUUUUUGGCGGUUGUGAUUGAUCCGACCAGGACUGUUUCUGCUGGAAAAGUUGAGAUUGGAGCUUUUAGGACUUACCCGGAAGGUUAUAAGCCAGCGGAUGAUCCUAUUUCGGAGUAUCAAACUAUACCGCUUAAUAAGAUUGAAGAUUUUGGUGUUCAUUGUAAACAGUAUUAUUCUUUGGAUAUCACUUACUUUAAGUCUAGUCUUGAUUCACACCUUUUGGAUCUUCUGUGGAACAAAUAUUGGGUGAAUACACUCUCAUCUUCUCCUUUAUUGGGCAAUGGAGACUAUGUAGCUGGACAAAUCUCAGAUUUAGCUGAAAAGCUAGAACAAGCAGAGAAUCAAUUGGCACACUCACGUUUCGGGCCACUAGUAGCACCUUCACCUAGAAAGAAAGAAGAGGAAUCCCCACUUGCUAAGAUCACUCGGGAUAGUGCGAAGAUUACGGUGGAGCAAGUGCAUGGCUUAAUGUCACAGGUAAUAAAGGACACUCUGUUCAACUCUGUUCAUCAAGCAAACAAGUCUCGCACAGAGCCAUCUGGUCCUGAACCAAUGAUUGAAAGCUGAUUUUGGUUUAUUCUAGACGUGAAUUUGUACAAGUUUUUUAUGAUGCCGUCCUCAUUAACGGCGAGCGGUUUUACAUUCAACAUGAAUAGUUAAUCUAGUUUUACAUUUUGCAUUAUUUUGGUUAGUGCUCUGUAUAUCCUUGUUGGCGUUGCAUCUUACAAGAACACUAUCAAACUAGGCUAUUGAUAUGGGAUUCAGGCUACCAGGGAGUUGAUUAUUAACCGCAUAUUAUGUAGUUAUAAAUCUCACCGUUAAAGUUUAACAAAAGUUUAUCAUUAUUUUCAAA